CUCGGCUGACUCACACCCACCUCGCCACAACCUCCCUGGACUCACACACACACAGACACACCUCCUGCCGCCGCUGCUGCCUCUUCUCGCCGCCGUCAGCCUGUUACCACGUGAUAAGAGUCCUCAGCUGCUGUGCCUUCGUCAGCUGAACAGGACAGAUUCUCAGAGGAAAACAUUUGCCGACGGCUUCAAGGUUUGGAAAGUCUAAGUCGGAUAUGAUCUACGAGUCCUUGCAGCCAAUUACAACUGGGGUCUGAGACUUCCCUAAAUACUGAUAAGCUGAAACAGAAGCAGCGCUGUGAAUUGUUUAACCUCAGGUGAGUGGUGGUGUACUGAAAUUCCUUGAAAAACCUCGAUCAAACCCGCUGAAACGUCAAUAGAGCUGAAGUUACCAUGAAAUCACCAACAACAACUGCCCUUGGCCUCUUAUUGGAAGCAAACAUCAUGACGUCGCAGGGAGACAUGGCCACCACCACCCUCAUGCCAACGGACCAAUCACACACCUCCUACUCCCUGCCUUUAGUCAAGAACCACGACCCAGCAGAAGUCUCCAGCCUGCAGUUAGGUUACAUGGUGCUCAGCCUGGUGAUAGUGGCUGUGCUGGUGUUAGUGGUGCUGGUGUUGGCCAAGUACUCUGCUAGGUCCAUUUUCUCCAGGGACGUGGAGGCCGGACUUGUGUCAUGGGGUCGCAAAAAAGGUUUUGAAGGUCAAACGGCUAUUAUGAUCUCCCACUCUCUACCUGACCUCUCCAGAUCAGUCUCUCAAGAGCAGCUCCUACCCCAAGAUACCAAGAAGGUGCCGCGUCAGACAACCCUACCCACUGUGCCACAACGCCACGCUACCUUCCAGCGGCAACUCUCCCAGCGUCUUCACUUGGACAGCAUUGAGUUUUCUGUGUGUAACCUUGAGAAGAAGGACGACUUGGGGCAUCUCGCUCUAUUAUCCUUAUUGCCACCUGAACUGUACCGUAACGAGCUGAUGCGACAGUCGUCCGUGGAGAGUAGCGGUGCGGGAAGUGACACCGAGGCCGUAGGACAACUUUCCUUCACCCUUAAGUACGACCCUGGUAUUGAGGGUCUGGUAGUCAAGGUUCUACAGGCCCACGACCUACCAGUGAAGGACGUAAGUGGCUCAUCUGACCCCUACGUGAAGGUCUACCUCCUCCCGGAUCGCAAGAAGAAGUUUUGUACCAAAGUCCACAGAAGGAACCUCAACCCAGAGUUUAAUGAGGUGUUCGUUUUCAGUGUGAGUUGGCCAGACCUCCGGGACAGGACGCUGCAGUUCAGUGUGUAUGACUUCGACAGGUUUAGUCGUAAUGAUCUGAUUGGUCAGGUGGUGGUGAGGGGCGUGGCUGAUCUCUGCCAUCAAGAGACUGAGACAGGUACAUGAUGGAUAUCCUUAAUGCCAGACAAGUGAGUACCAGACAAUACCAACCUAACCUAAUCUAACCAGAUAAUAAACAUUUACUUCAUUUAAAUGUUAAUUACGCUGCAACCCAAGUUUUUAAUCACCUUUAUAUACAUUUCCUCAAGAAUAUAGACUACCAUUACCAUUUCAACAAGUGACAAAAAAUACUCAUAAAAAAACAAUUGGCUAUUAUCAUUUACUUUUCUAUUGCCGACCAUCAUUCAUUAUUCCCACAUUUCACAAUUACCAAGCUUUAUUAUGUUCUUUUCUUGUCUUCUACGUAAGGUUAUAAAAACAUAAAACAUAAGAAUGGAGGAAACUGCAGCGGGCCUAUUGACCCAUAC